AUGGAGCCCGGGCCGCGGCGGCGGCGCAGGAGCCUCCCGCUGGUGGCCUCCUUCCUACGCGACCCGGGCUCGGGGCGCGUCUACCGGCGCGGGAAACUGAUCGGCAAGGGUGCCUUCAGCCGCUGCUACAAGCUGACAGACAUGUCUACCAGCGCUGAGUUCGCCCUCAAGGUUGUGCCACGUGGCGGGGGCGGGGCCGGACGGCUGUGCCCACGAGGGAAGGUGGAGCAUGAGAUCGCUCUGCACAGCCGCCUGCGACACCGCAACAUUGUGGCCUUCCAUGGACACUUUGCUGACAACGACCACGUGUACAUGGUGCUGGAGUAUUGCAGCCGCCAGUCUUUGGCCCACGUGCUGAAGGCGCGGCAGACCCUGACGGAGCCUGAGGUGCGCUACUACCUGCGGGGCCUGGUCAGUGGCCUGCAUUAUCUGCACCAGCGGCGCAUUGUGCACCGGGAUCUGAAGCUCAGUAACUUCUUUCUGAACAAGAACAUGGAGGUGAAGAUCGGGGACCUGGGGCUGGCCGCCAGGGUGGGCCCUGGGGGCCGCUGCCACAGAGUGCUCUGCGGGACCCCCAACUUCCUGGCCCCCGAGGUGGUCUCCAGGAAUGGACACUCCUGCCAGUCGGACAUCUGGGCUCUGGGCUGCGUCAUGUACUUGGUGCUGACUGGCGACCCACCCUUCACGGCGGCACCGCUGUCGGAGAUGUACCAAAACAUCCGCGAGGGUCGCUACCCCGAACCCGCGCACCUGUCACCCAACGCUCGCAGCCUCAUAGCCCGCCUCCUGGCGCCCAACCCGGCUGAGCGGCCCAGCCUGGACCACCUGCUGCAGGAUGAUUUCUUCACACAGGGCUUCACUCCAGCCCAGCUGCCCCCCCACUCCUGCCACAGCCCGCCCAUCUUCGUCAUCGCCCAGCCCCUGGGCAGGCUCUUCCGGAAGGUGGGCCAGCAGCUGCUGACCCAGUGCAGGCCACCCUGCCCCUUCACUCCCAAAGAGACCCCAGGACCGGGAGAAGGGGGUCCAGAGCCGGAUCCCAUGGAGUGGAGCAGCGAGGCCUCCUUGUCAGAGAGAGGGGCCCCCUGCCCUGAGGCUCCCAUCCAGCUGCUCACUCAAGGGACCCUCAGGUGUGACCCCAAGGGGUCCAAGGAGAGCCGGCCGCCGGAGGUGGAGGCAGCCAUCUGUGGCCUGCAGCUCUGCCUGGACGCUGGCCCCCCAGCUGUGCAGGACCCCCCAGGAGAGCAGCGGCCCCUCCUCUGGGCCCCCAAGUGGUUGGAUUAUUCCAGCAAGUAUGGCUUUGGCUACCAGCUGUCAGACGGAGGCAGCGGGGUCGCUUCGGGACGGCACCCACAUGGCCCUGCACCCCCCGGGGGGGAGGGGACCCUGCCUGCACCUGCACCACCCGCUGGGCCCAGCCUCUGCCUCCUGCGUUUCCUGGUGUUCGAUCAGGCCUCGAUGCUCCUUUUCAGCAAUGGGACAGUGCAGGUCAGCUGCAGUGGUGAGCAGGCUCAGCUGGUGCUGAGCGGCGAGGGUGAGGACCUGCUGCUUACUCUCUGGGAACAGGGCCGGCCCGGCACCUCCUACCCGCUGGGCGUCCUUCGGAGCCACGGUUGCACCCCAACCACCCGCCAGCGCCUUCACCAUGCUCUUUGCAUGCUUCAGAGCAUCUAG